AUGCCAUUUAUUCCAUUCCAGCCAUUACAAUGAGCCCGUCCUCCUAUAGCGCAUUCCCACCAGCCUCCUCAUCCCAUAUUUAUUGUAAUUUGAGCUCUCCCACGCAUAUCCUAAGCGACUAGUCACAUGCUUUCCCAUACAGAAUUAUGCUUUAUCCACUUUCCUUUUCAUGAAUUGAUACAUUUUACCGCGUCAUGAUGGUCAUACAGAAUCAUAGAAUCAUUGCGACAAAGAAUGUGUAAUUGGAAUGCUAUUGUUGUGGGUUUGAUAGAACAGGCAAUGGGUUGGUUUUGUGGAUUAGUGAAGUAAACUGGAUGGAAAGAGAGGAAGAAAAUUAAUGGACAUUGCAAAUUUAGGAAAUUAAAACAACUGACAGAUCUGUUUAAUAGCUCUGCGCCAACAAUCUUGUUUUUAAUUCAAUGGACUUCAUAGAAGUUGAUGCUACUAUAUGAAUUUGAAAUAUUUUACAAUGACGGCCUACCCCGGCCAAACCCUCCCCUAACCCAGACGACACUGGGCCAAUUGUGUGCCGUCCUACGGGACUCCCGAUUACGGCCAGUUGUGAUAUAGCCCAGGAUUGAACCAGGGUCUGUAGUGACGUCCUCUAGCACUGAGAUGCAGUGCCUUAGACCGCUGCACCACUCCUGAGCCCACUAAGGAAUGAAUACAUGGUUUACUCAGCAAAUAUUUAGAGCCAAAAUAGCAUGUCAUGAAAUGUCAAAAAAUGAAAUUCUAUAGGAGCUUGUGUCACGUACGCACGCACGCACGCACGCACGCACGCACACGCACACGCACACACACACAAAAAGACAAAGAGCACUGUGAGCCCUUUGAGGAUAUGUGAACUGGCUCAUUGACACUUGGGAGAGGUAAGUAUUCUGUUUUUCCUCUACAAGUUAUACCCAGAUUUCUUUAGAAUGUGUUUUAGCAUGUGCAGGUGAGGGCUGACAAAUUGUGUGUUGUAUUUUGUUGCCUUGCAUUCAACCGCAGAUCAUCAGUGGUGACUGAUUACAUAGUCUAUGUAUUGACAAAAGGGACUGAUUACAUAGUCUAUGUAUUGACAAAAGGGACUGAUUACAUAGUCUAUGUAUUGACAAAAGGGACUGAUUACAUAGUCUAUGUAUUGACAAAAGGGACUGAUUACAUAGUCUAUGUAUUGACAAAAGGGACUGAUUACUUAGUCUAUGUAUUGACAAAAGGGACUGAUUACUUAGUCUAUGUACUUGACAUAAGGGACUGAUUACUUAGUCUAUGUACUUGACAAAAGCUAUCCUACUGUUUUGCGAGUGGUCAUGAUUGAGGGAUGCUUUGGGGAAUUUUGCUGGUAGUCUUGACCACCUGCUAUUUGUUAUGUGCUGCUAUGAGGCCUGUGGGCACUAACCUGUGAGGGUUAGUCAAUACACUUUGCAACAAUAACGUUUUACAACCUGUUCUCUAAAAAUGACCAGAAGAAUGGUCAUUGAUUUGGUUGAGACAUGCUUUGUGGUUGGGAUGUUAAAAUGGACUGGAAAAUAAUGGAUUGAUAUUAAUGCAAAAUACAAGGUUAAGUAGAAAAAAACAAUUGGUGACAAUGUAGGAACAAAUUCCUUAAACAUUGAUUUGUUCAAUCUAUGCUAUUCAGUGCAAUCCAGAGCUGUGAAGUAUAAUGCAGCUUGGUGUGAACAAAGGGAGCACUGACUACACUCACAUGAACAAUCAGCCCUUUAUUCCUCAGGCCCAGACCAUAUAGCCGUGCCUUUUCUAGGGUGGCUCUGGACAGCCCCUCCUCUCAUAUAGCAAAUGAGAUGGCUAUAUGAGACUCCUAAAGACUGUACAAGGUUAGGGCUGAACAAGGCUGCUUCGUACUGCCACACACACACACUGUUAGCGGUUAUAUUGUACAUGCAUGUAUUACAUUUUACCGUUGGCUUUUGCUUAUGUAUUUCUCUUUCCCUCACUCUGUUUUACACUUUCAAACCAGUCUGGUCGUACAUUCCCCCAUAGGUGCUGUGGAACAUACCAACCAUUACCUCUGUCAAACACUCACUCUUUCUCAGUUGGAGGUGCUGUACUACCCCCACCCAGCAGUGACUCUCUCCAUGAUGGCCUCCUAUAGCCCUACCCACAAGGGCUGGUUUGGUGAGAGGGGGGUUCACCAGGGGAUUGGGCUGGACAUCCUCUUCAGUGGCAGAGACUUUGACACAUCUAAUAUGUACUCCCAAAAUGACACUCAACAACUUCAGGAGGCCAAGUCCCAUUAUGCCUGUCCCAGGGCCCCCCAGAGGUCCCUGCAUGGCUGGGGCACAUACAGCCCCCCUCCACAGAGACCCAGCACUGGGAGCAGAGGGGGGACCAACCAGUGUCAGAGCUACCACGCUCAUACCCUGCCGCUGCCCUUGCCCUGCAGAGCACUGCCUGUCUUCAGACCCUGUGUCUACAGCAGCCCUCGGGGAUACAACGCUACCACAGUGGACAAACCUCGCAUGCUUAGAGCCACUAUUACAUCCAGCCCCUCGGAUUCCAACCACCCUGUCCAGCACCAGAGCCAGCAACCCAGACCAAACCAGCAGCAGGUCAUUAAGCAGCAGCACCAGCCAAGUCACAGUCAAAAGCCUGUCUACCAGCCAAGCUUCAGUCCCACUCCAAUCUAUAGGAGACUCACAACCUGGCAGCACAAGGACAACACCAAUACAGACAACACCGUCAAGACUAACAGCCCUCACAGUAACAGAAUCAAGAGACAGGUGGACAUGACGUCCCAGAACGUGUUGGGACAGCCGCGUGUCCUGGCCUCUCUGCGCGGCCCGCCCUCUCCACGACAGACCCACAAGACAACUAACCUAGAGGAGGAACUGAGGCUCAUCAUACUGGACACAGAGGACUCAGGGAGGGAUGCAUCCUGCCGUCAUAGCCUCUCUACAGAGAUCAGCCUCGGCAGUGGUCCCCUGCAUUCCAGUCUGGCAUGUUCCCCAGUCUCUGACUGCCCAGAGCUGGAGGGGCUUGAGGACCUGUCUGCCUCUGAGCUGUCUCUGACAGAGGGCUGGGACCCUGGGCACAUCCCCCUACUGGCCUCUGCCUGGGGCAUGGAGUGGAACAAACUUGUCAAUGCUGCCAAGGCCUAUGAAGCAAAGAGGACAGUGGAGCCCAUUCCUCCCAGCAAGUCCAAGAAGCAUGGAUCAGAGGGUGGACCUGCUGCUUGCCCACCUAAUCACUACCCUCCUCAGGGCUACAAUGCCCAGCCCACAUUAAGAAGUGAAGUGCCCAGUGAUCUGUCAAGACUUCACCACCUGGAGGCGCUGCUGAGACACUUGGAGAGCAACCUGGAGAAGGAAAGGGAGGAUAAAGUAGCCCUGAUGGAGGAAGUGACGAUUCUGAGAGAGACCAACCAGCGCCUGUGGGAGGAGUCUCUUUCAUCCAAUGAACAGCUCCGUAAACUCAGCCUGUUGUUCAACAUGGCCCCAGGAAUGAUGCCUAGAGAGAGAGAAUGACCAGCGACACUAAGAGGAGAGAGAGAUUAUUUGAAAAGAGGAGUAGAGGAAAGAAUGUUUUCAACAAAGAUAGUACCUUGAAACAGAGUUUACAAAUGUAAAUUGUCUUCAAAAUGUGAUCAGAGAAAGAGGACAGAUCACGGCGAGUUACCAGAGUUUGCUUGUGGAGGUUACUUAUGCUGGGACAGUGACAUGUACAAGCUGGCUAAAUGCUUGAGUUGUUAGCCAGUUCAGCUUUACACAGUUGGUACGUUUUAACUCCAUGACAUUGGAAUAUUUCAGUUGUGUAAUUCUCAUGUCCUCUCGCCUCUCCUGCUUGUCAAAACCCAUUGGAUGAGAGAACCAGAGGUCCAUCCCCUCUGACCUUCUCCACCAAUGGGUACAAUAAAAUAUUUAAGAAGGCACUGCUGAGA